GGGGCGGGCGGCGGCGGCGGCAGGCGCUGGCAGCAGCCGGGAGAAGCCCCGCUGGUGACUGGCUGGCGGCACACGCAGCUCUGAGGAGGAGGCGGAGGGUGCUGAGCCCAGCCGAGCCGCGGGGCGGGCGGCUGCUGCUGCUGCUGCUGCUGUCGCCGCGGGGGGAGAGGCUGCGGCGGCGGGAGGGGACCGGCACACGCGCGCACGCACGCGGACGGGUGACAGCGGCGGCCGCCGCGAUGUGAGGGGGCUGUGCUGGGGGCGCGGAGGCUCCGCGGGGAGGAGAGGCGAGGCGAGGCAGCCCGCACAGCCCCGGCGGCGGGAGGGACGGCCGGGGCGGGGCCGGCUGGGCCCGGGGCGAGCCGCGUUCCCCGGCGGGCAGGGCGCGGGGCCGCGGGCGGCGAGCGUGGGACCGGCGCUGGCGGCGCUCGGUGGGCUGACCGACUCCUGUUUGCUUGGCUCCAGUCUCCGUCUCCGAGCCCGCGGGCCCCGAUGAGAAGCGCCCCUGAGCUGCCGGACUGACGCCUCGCCGCCCUCCCCGCGGACGUGGAGGAGCGCGGCGCCCCCGAGCGCGGCCGCCCCUGCACCGCCCUCCCCGGCGGGGGCUCGUCUGCCGCCUGCGGGGCGGGCGGCGCGGCGGUGACUGCGCGGCGGCGGCGAGGCCGGGGGAGCGGGAGCGCCGCCGCCGAGGACCAUGAGGAAAUUUAACAUCAGGAAGGUGCUGGACGGCCUGACGGCGGUCUCUGCCGUCGCCUCGGCGUCGUCCGCCGCGCAGCAGCAGCAGGCGGGGAACCGGGAGACCGAGAUCCAGGAGACUCUCCAGUCCGAGCACUUCCAGCUCUGCAAGACUGUACGCCACGGUUUCCCCUAUCAACCUUCAGCCUUGGCAUUUGAUCCGGUUCAGAAAAUACUGGCCAUUGGGACUCAGACUGGAGCACUAAGGCUCUUUGGUCGGCCAGGAGUUGAAUGCUACUGUCAACAUGACAGUGGAGCUGCAGUAAUCCAACUUCAAUUCCUGAUUAAUGAGGGAGCUCUUGUGAGUGCCUUGGCUGAUGACACCUUGCACCUGUGGAACUUGCGCCAGAAGAGGCCGGCUAUACUUCAUUCACUCAAAUUUAACCGGGAACGGAUAACAUUUUGUCACCUGCCUUUCCAAAGCAAAUGGCUAUAUGUGGGCACUGAAAGAGGAAACAUUCACAUUGUCAAUGUGGAAUCAUUUACUCUCUCAGGCUAUGUCAUCAUGUGGAAUAAAGCCAUUGAACUGUCAUCCAAAUCUCACCCAGGACCUGUUGUCCACAUUAGUGACAAUCCAAUGGAUGAAGGAAAGCUUCUGAUUGGCUUUGAAUCUGGGACGGUGGUAUUAUGGGACCUGAAGUCAAAGAAGGCAGAUUACAGAUAUACACAUGAUGAGGCUAUCCACUCUGUGGCUUGGCAUCAUGAAGGAAAACAAUUCAUUUGUAGUCACUCAGAUGGUACCUUGACUAUAUGGAAUGUAAAAUCUCCUACCAAACCGUUCCAGACAAUCACGCCACAUGGAAAGCAGCUGAAGGAUGGAAAGAAGCCAGAACCCUGCAAACCUAUCCUUAAGGUGGAAUAUAAAACAACUAGAGCUGGGGAGCCUUUCAUCAUUCUCUCAGGCGGGUUGUCAUAUGACACUGUAGGAAGACGACCCUGUUUAACAGUCAUGCAUGGGAAAAGUACUGCUGUGCUAGAAAUGGAUUAUUCUAUUGUUGAUUUUCUAACCCUGUGUGAAACACCAUAUCCUAAUGACUUUCAGGAACCAUAUGCUGUAGUUGUUCUCCUAGAAAAGGACUUAGUACUGAUCGACCUUGCGCAAAAUGGGUAUCCUAUAUUUGAGAAUCCCUAUCCUUUGACUAUACAUGAGUCUCCAGUUACCUGUUGUGAAUAUUUUGCUGAUUGUCCUGUGGAUCUCAUACCUGCACUCUAUUCAGUUGGUGCUCGACAGAAACGUCAAGGCUACAGUAAGAAGGAAUGGCCUAUCAGUGGAGGCAACUGGGGUGUGAUCACUCAGAGCUAUUCAGAGAUCAUUAUUACAGGGCAUGCUGAUGGAUCAAUCAAGUUUUGGGAUGCAUCAGCAAUAACGCUGCAAGUACUCUAUAAGCUAAAAACAGCCAAAGUAUUUGAAAAAUCACGGAAUAAAGAUGAGAGGCCAAACACAGAUAUAGUCGAUGAAGAUCCAUAUGCUAUUCAGAUCAUCUCAUGGUGUGCAGAAAGUAGAAUGCUGUGCAUAGCUGGGGUUUCUGCACAUGUCAUUAUUUACAGGUUCAGCAAGCAGGAAGUGACGACAGAAGUCAUUCCGAUGCUGGAAGUACGUCUCCUAUAUGAAAUAAAUGAUGUUGAAACUCCAGAUGGUGAGCAGGUGCCACCUGUACCAACUCCAGGCACAGGUUCCAAUCCCCAAUCCAUCGUCCCCCAGUCUCAUCCAUCUACUAGUAGCAGUUCAUCUGAUGGACUUCGUGAUAAUGUCCCAUGCUUAAAAGUCAAAAAUUCUCCUCUCAAGCAGUCUCCAGGUUACCAAAUUGAGCUUGUUAUCCAGCUGGUGUGGGUGAGUGGAGAACCUCCUCAACAGAUAACCAGCUUAGCCAUCAACUCAGCAUAUGGCCUAGUAGUUUUUGGAAACUGUAAUGGUAUUGCCAUGGUUGAUUACCUCCAGAAGACAGUGCUCCUGAAUCUAGGCACUAUUGAACUGUAUGGCUCCAAUGAUCCCUAUCGCAGGGAGCCACGAUCUCCCCGAAAAGCUCGGCAGCCAUCUGGAGCAGGUCUUUGUGAUAUAAAUGAAGGUACGGUGGUGCCAGAAGACCGCUGCAAGUCACCCACUUCAGGUUCUGGUUCACCAAACAAUUCUGAUGAUGAACAAAAAAUGAAUAAUUUUAUAGAAAAGGUGAAGACCAAAAGCAGAAAGUUUUCCAAGAUGGUAACCAAUGACAUAGCAAAGAUGUCCAGGAAGCUAAGUUUGCCAACUGAGUUAAAGCCUGAUUUAGAUGUCAAAGACAACUCUUUCAGUCGAUCCCGGAGUUCUAGUGUAACUAGCAUUGAUAAAGAGUCACGCGAGGCAAUUUCAGCUCUUCAUUUUUGUGAGACUUUCACAAGAAAGGCUGAUACAUCACCUUCCCCAUGCCUGUGGGUUGGGACCACGCUGGGUACCGUGCUUGUCAUUGUACUGAACUUACCCCCAGGAGGAGAGCAAAGACUUCUUCAGCCAGUAAUUGUUUCUCCUAGUGGAACCAUCCUGAGGCUAAAAGGGGCAAUCUUGAGAAUGGCUUUUUUGGACACCACAGGCUCUUUGGUCCCACCAGCACAUGAACCCUGGAGAGAACACUAUGAAGAUAAAGAUGAAAAAGAAAAAGCAAAAAAGCGACGACCUGUCUCAGUGUCCCCUUCUCCCUCUCAGGAAAUCAGUGAAAACCAAUAUGCAGUGAUAUGUUCAGAAAAGCAAGCAAAAGUUAUCUCACUGCCAUCCCAGAACUGUAUUUAUAAGCAAAAUAUAACAGAGACUUCUUUUGUUCUUCGUGGAGACAUAGUGUCGUUGAGUAACAGUAUCUGCCUUGCAUGUUUUUGUGCCAAUGGACAUAUUAUGACUUUUAGUUUGCCGAGUUUAAGGCCAUUGUUGGAUGUAUAUUACCUGCCACUCACCAAUAUGCGGAUAGCCAGAACUUUCUGCUUCACUGAUAAUGGACAAGCACUCUAUCUUGUCUCACCAACUGAAAUACAGAGGCUCACCUACAGCCAAGAAACAUGUGAAAAUCUUCAGGAAAUGUUGGGUGAGCUCUUCACUCUUGUAGAAACACCAGAAGCACCAAACAGGGGGUUCUUCAAAGGCCUGUUCGGAGGUGGGGCACAGUCACUUGACAGAGAAGAACUCUUUGGGGAAUCAGCAUCUGGGAAGGCAUCAAGGAGUCUUGCCCAGCAUAUUCCAGGACCUGGAGGUAUUGAAGGUGUCAAAGGAGCAGCAUCUGGUGUAGUUGGUGAACUGGCACGAGCCCGGUUGGCACUGGAUGAAAGAGGACAGAAACUGGGAGAACUGGAAGAAAAAACUGCAGCUAUGCUUUACAGUGCUGAUUCUUUCUCAAAACACGCUCACGAGAUGAUGUUGAAGUACAAAGACAAGAAGUGGUACCAAUUCUGAUGACUCUCAUUAAUCACAUCUUUAAUUUUGUCCUGAUGAAAAAAUCUUGUUUUUUUCAUUAAUUUUGGCAGGACCACUGAAAUUUCAAGGAGUAUUCACCAUCGGAUACUGUUGUUUCCUAGCACAAAUGACACACUGUUUUACCUCAGUCCUGGCUUUAACUGAGGAGCUUUAUAUCUAAGAAACACACACAAAAAAAGAAACUUGAGUGUUUCUUAGCUGUUGGUUAGCAUAAAGUCGGAACAGAGAAGGUAGCUGGAACAUGUG